UUUGUUGAUUUAGUCUAGUGACGCCUAUGAUUAGUUAAGCCUCCAGUGAAGCGCAAGACCCCAGCAUUCACAACAGACGAAGAAGAAAAAGUCAACCACCUUUCCAACCUCGUAGAUGGGCAACAGACCUUGA